GUAACCUGCAGGUCCACCAGCAGAAGGCACACACUGAAUAGAUCACGCACCGGCACCACCUCCGGCCAGAGCGCCAAGGCGCGAAGCGAUGGAGUCGGGCGAGCCACUCCCACGUCGCGACGGCCGCCGCGGCGGCUGGCGCGCCGCGCUCUUCAUCGUCGCCGUCGGGUUCUUGGAGCGCAUCGGGUUCACCGGCGUGGGGGGCAACCUGAUCACGUACCUGACCGGCCCGCUGGGCAUGUCCACGGCGGCCGCCGCCGCCGGCGUGAACGCCUGGUCCGGGACCGUGCUGGUGCUGCCGCUCGUCGGCGCGCUCGCCGCCGACUCGCGCCUCGGCCGGUACCGCGCCGUCCUGAUAGCCGGCGUGCUCUACCUGCUGAGCUUGGGAAUGCUGACGGUCUCAUCCAUGCUGCAAACGCCGCAACCUCAUCCUGCCGGCUGCCACAGCACAGGCAGCACCUGCUCGCCGCUGCCCUCGGCAUCAUCGCCUGCCCGGCUCGCCUUCUUCUACACCGCGAUCUACCUGCUAGCACUGGCGCAGGGCUUCCACAUGCCAUGUUCGGAGGCUUUGGGCGCGGACCAGUUCGAUCCCAGCGUCGGUGCGUCCCGGAGCUCCUACUUCAACUGGUUUCACUUCUCCAUAUCGUGGGGGUGUGGGGUGCCGGGCACGGCGGGGGAGACAGCUGCUCGACCAUGUCUGAACCUCCCUGCGCCGCCGCCGCCUCCCUCUCUCGGCUGCCGCCGCCGCCGUAUCUUCUGGGCGACGUUCUCCGCCUUGCAAGACGGAGCCGAGGAAGGGACGGCUACGGAUGAGGCAGACUGCGUCUCCAUCGCGACGGUUGAGGUCGAGCUGGAUGACAUCUACGGCGGCGGGUCGGGGCCGAUGGUGAGGAUGGGAGGGGUGAGGGUGGCGGACGAUGAGAGCUCUGGCGCGGGAAAGGUUGAAGGGUCCAAGGAAACAAAAAAGGAGCGUCUUAUACGUGAAUCUCUUGAGUGGUCAGAUGGUACGAGGAAGGUCGCCACAAGUUUGAAAAUAGCCGAGAGGGAAACGGAGAAUGUGCACAGACUGGUUGAAGCUUUACUGGACAAGAAGCACGACGAUGAGAACAUGCAAGAGCGCUGCAUGUCUUUUCCAUUAAGAUAG